AUGGACAAUUUCAGGGCAAACGUUGGUGGGGUUGCAGCUGGCUCUGGUGGAGCUGCAGCUGGUGCUAUAGUCGGGUCAGCCCUUGGCCCUGUCGGCGCUUUGGUCGGUGCGGCAGUUGGUGGUGUGUUGGCUGGUGCUGUUGCGAAGGAAGAUAUCGAGAAGAAUCGAAAGGAUGCACGCAAGAGAGAGCGGGAGCAACAAAACGCUGCUAUCGUGGAUGGAAGAGCUGCUAUGAGAUGA